UUUUGGUAACUGCAUACAGUAUCUAAGCCAAAACUAAAAAAUAAUUGCCUAUAAUUAAUUAUUAGGUUCAUAUUUCUAGUCGUAAAAAGUGCAUUGAAGCAUUAUUAUAAAAUAAAUUUGAUAGAUAUGUAGAUAAAGUGAGGUUAUGAAAGUGUCAUGGCUGUUUAGUUCCUGUCAUUGUCAGCUGUGAAUUGAUUUCUCCUCGAAAACAAGAUUUUUGUCUCACGUCUGACAUAUAAAUACAUAUAUUGCAUUUCGCACAGAUUCAAGAAUAGUGUGAUUUUCUGGAAUAGUGUCAACGAAAUAUUUGUCUCUCUAGAAAAAUAUAUUCUAAUUGAACUUAAAUGAACCAUGCCCUUAUCUACAUUGUUUUGAUGACCUUUGCUCAGAUAAUACAUUUUGUCGUUUUGUCCUGUCAUCGUCAAUCUUUUAAGCUCUGUUGAGUUUCAGCUUCUUGAAAGGGAGAGUAAUAAUUACUUCAUAGACAUUAACUAUGGCUGAAAAAGUGAGAUUCGAGGGACGUGUGGCUAUUGUAACCGGUGCUGGAGCAGGACUUGGGCGUGCAUAUGCUUUGUUACUUGCCUCAAGAGGUGCGAGCGUUGUUGUUAAUGAUUUGGGUGGAGGGCGACAUGGCGAUGGAAGUAGUACGAAAGCCGCGGAUGUCGUUGUUGACGAAAUUCGACGCAAUGGAGGCAAGUCUGUUGCGAAUUACGAUUCCGUAGUCGACGGAGAAAAAGUUGUGAAGACCGCAAUCGACGCUUUCGGGCGUGUUGAUAUUGUUAUUAAUAAUGCUGGAAUCCUUCGAGACAAAUCAUUCAUGCGCCUAACGGACACAGAUUGGGAUCUUGUUCACAGUGUUCACUUGAAAGCUGCGGCAAAGAUAACUCAAGCAGCGUGGCCCUAUUUUCGAAAACAAAAUUACGGGCGAGUAAUAAUGACUUCGAGUAAUAGUGGUCUCUAUGGAAAUUUUGGCCAGGCCAAUUACAGCGCUGCUAAAAUGGGCUUGGUUGGAUUGGCAAAUACCUUGGCAAUUGAGGGAGAAAAGUACAAUAUUCAUACCAAUGUUAUUGUCCCAACUGCUGCUUCCCGGCUCACUGAGGACAUUCUUCCUCCAGAUUUAUUCACUGCUUUGAACCCCGACCUGAUUGCACCAGUAGUUGCAUGGUUAUGUCACGAAGAUUGUCCAGAUAAUGGAUCCAUCAUUGACGCCGCAGCUGGUUGGGCUGGAAAAUCUCACUUGAUUCGAUCAUCCGGUGCCAUCCUACGAAAGAAUUUAAACGAAAUGGUCACGCCUGAAGUUGUGAGAGAAAGUUGGGAACAAAUCACCGACAUGUCCGAAGCGAAACACUUUAAUUCGAUUGGAGAUGUUACAGGCGAGCUUGUGAAUGCUCUCGAUCAAAUGAGAGAGGGAGUAAGCAAAGAUGCUGUCUACAAAUGCAGUUACACUAAUCGAGACACGAUUCUUUAUGCACUCGGAGUUGGUGCAACAACGAAAGAACCUUCGGAUAUGCGUUUUCUGUACGAAAAUCAUGAGGAUUUCAGUGUUUUGCCGACUUAUUAUGUGAUUUACGGGCCAAGUGGUGCUUCAGUAACUAAUGUGUUUGAAAAUAUCAGACCUGGCAUCCAAGUUGAUCCCACCAGGAUUCUUCACGGCGAACAGUAUUUGGAAGUUUUUAAGCGCCUUCCACUUGAAGGAAAAGUCGAGUCUCGUUUCCGUGUCCAAGAUGUAAUGGACAAAGGAAAAGGAGCCGUCGCUUUAAUCGAAUACGAAACUUUCAACGCAGAAACUGGAGAAAAAUUAGCCAGGAGUCAAAUGUCAGCUUUCAUAGUUGGAGGUGGAGGUUUCAAUGGGCCAAGAAAUUCUCCUCAUGUUAUUCCAACAGUUGAUCCUCCUAAACGCAAACCCGAUAUUUCUGUCCUCCAAAAGACGAACUCUGAUCAGGCAGCGUUAUACAGAUUAAGUGGCGAUAUCAACCCGCUUCAUAUUGAUUCCAACAUCGCAGCGUUGAUGGGAUAUUCAGAACCAAUUUUGCAUGGUUUGUGUUCUCUGGGCUUCUCGACUCGUCACGUGCUUCACACUUAUGCUGGUGGUAAUUCGGAUUUAUUCAAAGCUAUCAAGGUGAGAUUCGCAAAGCCAGUUUAUCCAGGACAAACUUUGAGAACAGAUAUGUGGAGAGAAGGAAAUAGAAUUCAUUUCCAAACUACGGCAGUCGAAACGAGCACUCCUGUUAUUACAGGUGCUUAUAUUGACUUGAAACAAGUACAACCACCAACAGUAAUGAGGAAUCUGUGUUCCGCGAAGGUGAAUCUUGAAAGCGAUGCCGUUUUCGAACAGAUUACUGAUUACGUCAAAUCACAUCAAGACGAAGUGAAAAAGAUAAAUGGAGUAUUUGUCUAUAUAGUUACUUCUAAGGGAGAACCAACAGCCCAAUGGACUAUUGAUUUAAAGAAGGGAGAAGUAUAUAGAGGAGAACCCAAGGCAAAAGUUGAUACUACUCUCACUGUGGACGACAAAGAUAUGAUUCAAAUGGCCCUUGGAAAAUUGAACCCACAAGUUGCGUUUAUGCAAGGAAAACUCAAGAUCAAAGGCAACAUCAUGCUGACUCAAAAAUUAAAGACUUUACUUGAUGCCAACCGACCGAAAUUGUAAAUAACUUAUCACAGAAUUAUCUUCUGGUGAUGGUGCGAUUUUUCACGGGAUACGCUUGUUUAUAUAUGUAUAUUUUAUUAGAAUCUAUAAAAAUUGUGAAGAACAAAAAUAUUCUACAGAGCGCCUAUUAUAAAAGGAAGAAUCAUAAACUUCAGAGAAUUUAAGGAUGUAUUUUUCCAGGAAAUAAAGAGCUACCAUUUUUAUGCAAUCUACUUAAAGAGAGGGAUAUUAAAGUUUAAAGAUAAGGGUCUUCUUUAAAUGCAUUUAUGAUAAUAGUAAUCAACUUUCAUACAUACGCAUGGUAGACAUUUUUGUACACAUUCAGGUAUUAUUGUUAUUAGUUUACCGACGUUGUAAUCAACGCGCGUAAUAAAUUUUUAUAUGUUAUUAGUUUAA